AACCCUUUAAAAAAACUCGUAGAAUUGAACUGGCGCGCGAGAAAUGGAGGGAGUAGAGAGUUCCGAUAGUAUGCAGCGUGUAGAUUACAAGUUGGCUGUCUGUUCGCCGUUGGUCAAUUGGAGUGCAUCCAAUGUGAUCAUCCCGUCUUGUCGUCUGGGAUCACUCCCCAUGUGGCGUCUGAAGUUGCUCCGCUUUCCCUAGACUAGCACUGUGGCGGAACAUAGCCCCGGGUCCAGGCCAAGCAAAUCAGUGCAUGCAUCAUCGCAAUCGGGCCCGUUCCAAUAUGGAAAGAAAAGAGUCGUCGGCCCUGGCGCCUCCAUUUAUGGUGUCGGCACCGGGAAAGGUCAUCGUUUUCGGCGAACACGCGGCGGUGUACGGCAAACCGGCCAUCGCCGCGGCCAUUUCGCUGAGGUCCUACCUCCUCGUCAGGACCCUUUCCAAAUCCCAACGCACCGUCACUCUAAACUUUCGAGACAUUGGUCUGCACCACAAGUGGGCGAUCGAUUCCCUCCCGUGGGACGCCUUCCAGUUGCCCUCCAAGAGAAAGUUCUACCACUCUCGCGUCGACUCCCUCGACCAGGGACUGCUCGACGCCAUCAAGCCGCACGCGGGCGCCGUGUCGCCGCACCUCGCGGACGACUACAAGGAUCGCAAGAUACACAUACACUCCGCGACUGCCUUCCUCUACCUCUUCCUCUCCCUGGGCUCCCGGCACAGCCCCGGCUUCGACUACACGCUCCGGUCCACCAUCCCGGUCGGCGCCGGCCUGGGCAGCAGCGCGAGCGUGUGCGUCUGCCUGAGCACGGCGCUGCUCCUCCAGACACAGGCCCUGGCGGGACCGCACCGCGACCAGCCCCUCGACGAAGCCGAAAAGCAAAUCGAACGCAUCAACAGCUGGGCCUACGCGGGGGAGCUGUGCAUCCACGGGGACCCGAGCGGGGUGGACAACACAGUCUCGUGCCGGGGCAAGGCCGUGCUUUUCCUCAAGAGCCCCGACGGCGGGCCGUCGUCGGUGACCCCGCUGGUUGGCUUCCCGAGGCUGCGGCUCCUCCUCGUCGACACCAAGCAGCCGCGCACCACGGCCGCGCAGGUGGAAAAGGUGCGGGCGCUGAGGGCCUCCCACCCCGCGACCGUCGGGCUGAUCCUGGACGCCAUCGGAGCCCUCACCGAGGAGGCGUUAAAGUUCGUAUCCUCCUCCGCCGCGAGCUUUGGCAACGGCGCCGGCCGGCGCCGCGGCGACGACGACGACGACGACGACGACGACGACGCGGUCGGGAGCCUGGGGAGGUUGUUUUGCGUCAACCACGGGCUGCUGAUGGCGCUCGGGGCCUCGCACCCCUGCCUCGACCGCGUCUGCGAGCUCGCGGACCACACGGGCGUCGGCUGGACCAAACUCACGGGCGCGGGGAGCGGCGGGUGCGCCAUCGUGUUGGCCCGGCCGGGCGUCGACGAGAACGCCGUGGGGCUACUGGAGCAGAAGCUCAACAAGGAGGGCUUCCAGAAGCACGAGGCUUUCCUGGGCGCCGCCGGGGUCGGCGUGCUCUGGCCCGCCGUGUUUAGAAACGGCCCCGACGGGAGGAUGGAGGAGAUCGACCAGGACCAGUUUGAAGGCGCUCCCGACGCCCGCGCCAUCGAGCAGUUGGUCGGCAUAGGCGGGCCUAAGGACCGUGAAGGAUGGAUGUUUUGGAAUGCGGGUUAACGAGGCUUCCUUUUUUUUUGUAUCAUUAUGAGCCGCAAUCCAGCCCUUGUAUGAAGAAGCCAAUGCAAUAUGCGCUGAAUUUUCCA